AUGCCUGGUCAAUUAGACUUAAGAGCUUCUGAGCUCUUAAACAUUGAAACAUCAUGGUCUCAAGUUGAAAAUAAAGUUAAUUAUCAAAGAAUUGAUUUCAUUUCAAGAAUAUAUUCCACUAUGAUUUCCAACAAUAGAAAAUUUAGAUCUAUCUUUAAUGAUGAUUUAGUUUUAAAUCAUCAUAUUGCUAUCUUUAGUGAUUUAUUAAACUUUUCCCUUUCAUAUCUUAAUGAACCAAGAAUGUUGGAUGAAUUUAUGUAUCAAUUUAAUAUUGAAAAUGCUAUAUUCACAUCUGUUGCUGUUACUUAUUUAGAAGAAAUGGGUCCUGCUAUUAUUUCAACUCUUAAAGAAUAUUUACCUGAUUUAUCAGCUGAAGUUGAAACUUCAUGGGUUAAACUUUAUGUCUAUAUUGCUAAUUCUUUAUUACAAUAUUCUGAUAGUGAUGAUGAAGAAGAAGAAAUGGAAGACUCUUCUGAAGAUAUGGUUGCUCCAUUAAAUAUUAACCGAUCUAAUUCAAUGAAUACUCCAAUUACUUCUAAAUAUGAAGAAAUUCAAGAACCCCAAAUUCAAAUUCAAAGACCACAACCAAGAAUUACAAAACCAUCAUCUAUUUUAGAUCCAUCUAAAUCAAUUCAAUUCCUUUUAAAUAGUAAUGAGAAAUAUAAAGGAUUCAGAAGAAGUGUUGAAUAUGAAACUGCUGAUCCAAUCCAAGUUGAAAUCCCUCAAAUGAGUACUUUCCAAAAGGUUCAUCAACCAGUGGCUGCUUCAAGUUCAAAUAUGUCUGCUUCAUUAAGAUCAAUGUUAACUACUACUUCUGGUACAACUACUCCAUUUAUUACUCCACCUUCUACUCCAUUUGAUCCAAGAAAGACUAGAAGAGGAAUCCAUAGUUCUGCUUCUUCAAUUCAUGAAGAUCAUGAUACUUUUGUUUCAGUUCCAGCUUUACAACCUGUUGUAAAACAUGAAGAAGAAGAAGAAGAAGAAGAAGAAGUUUUCACUCCAGUUAGAUCAAGUAGAAGAAACUCAUCUUCAGAAGGAAAGAAAUUACCUGAAAUUCCAUCAUUAUUAGCUAAAUUAGAACAACAUCAACAAUCUUUAAUAUCAUCAUCUUCAGAAGAUGAAGAUUAUGAAGAAGCAACUAAUUCUAAACCAAUUGAGAAAUUUGAUCCUCGUAGUAGAAAGGGACACAAGAGAUCUAAUUCAGUUCAUAUUCCAUCUCCAGAAUCUUCAGAAGUUGAUGAACAAGAGGAAUUUGAAUAUAUGAGAAAUGAUAAUUUUAGAGAACAUCAACAACCAGCACAAAUCAAUAUUGAACCACCAACCAGUGUUCCAGAACGUUCAUUGUCAAGAGGCGGUUUAACUGGAGGUACUUUUGAUUAUAAUAGUUUUGGUUUGAAAGGAUUAGCUCCAAUCGUUGAAGCUGAUUUCGAUGAUAAUGCUUCUUCCAAAUAUGGUGAUAAUGAAGAUGGUAAUUCUACUACUUAUGGAGGUGAUGAAAGUAAUAAAUCAGUUACUGAUGAAGAAGAUACAUCCUCAAGAAAUUCAAGUUUAUCUUUACAUAAUAGUGAUUAUAAAUCAUCAAUAAGUUCAGGUGCUGAAUCUGCUAAUAGUUCACCAACUACUGAUUUAAAAUCUAAAUUCAGUAGACAAGCUGUUACUGGUCUUGAUUUUAAUAAUAAUAAUAAAGUACAACAACCAGCUUACAGAUCCCAAAUCCAACAACAUUACCAAGUAUCAACCUCUACUUCCAAUCUUGGAUCCUUGAAUAGAAAUUAUUGUUCAUCUACUCCAUCAUUAUUAAUGGGUAAAUCGGGUGAUUCAUAUGGUACUAAGAGAGCUUCUAUGGGUUUCAUGAGAAGUUCAUUUGUAUUAAAGAAGGAGAUGGAAACUUUAGGUUAUAAUGUUCCAGAAAAUGUAUCCAUGACUAAUGUUUCUAUGUCAAGUAAUACUGUUAAAAGAUCAUCACCUCCAAUGGCUUCAACUAGUAAUUUUAGUGAACAAUAUAAUCAAAGAGCUUCAACUACUAUCUCAUUACCAAGAAACUUUAAUUCUAAUAAAUUCAGACCUAAAACUCCAGUAUUUGAUGAAGAUGAUUCAUUUGAUAUGCUUAAUUCAUUCAGUACUUCAACUAAUAAUAAGAAUAAUAAUAAUAAUGGUCAAAAGGGUGGAUUGAAUUAUAAAUCAAGAGUUAUUGAACCACCAGCUAAAUUAUCAUUUAAACAAAGACUUUCAUCAUUCUUUGGUAGUUCAUCAUCAUCAUCCACUAGAUCUUCAACUUCUACUGCUUCAACUAGUCGUUCUGCUAGUUCAACUUCUUCUACUGGUAUGAACUCUAAUAAUUCUAUUAGAACUUCAUCAACUAGAGCUACAUCUGUUGCUAGUGCUUCAUCUGCUGGUAAUAUUCCAAGAAGAACUUCUGCCAGUCCAAUGGUUGCCUCAUCAGGAUAUAGUAUGACCUCCAAGAUGUCUCAUCCAUCUGUGAUGAGUGAUAAUGCAUCGAUUAAUACUGUUGAUACACGCACAUCAUCAAAAUCAAGAUUUUCACUUUUCAGUAAGAAAUCAAAGGAUGUUGCAUCACAAUAUAGAUUACAUGGUAGUAGAUCAAGGAAGGGUGGUAAAUAUAAGGUUCAAUCUACACCAUAUGAUUUAGAAUUAUUUAGAAAAGGUCAUAAUAUUUGA